AUGGCCGCUGUCCUCUCCUCGUCUGAGGACAGCAGCUACUUUGGCGCUGCCUCGCUGCGUCGCUCCCAGUCGCAGCCCACCUUUGUCGGGGCACCCUCACCUCGUUUCCCUGCCGCUCACAGCAUCGGCGCCUCCUACUCGCCGCCCUCAAAGUUCUACCCCGACUCCGAACUCUCCUCGUCUCCUCCCACCAUCCAAACAGAGUCCACCGACGUCUCUCUUGCCUCGACGCCCGCCAGCAAUCUGUCCAUAUCCUCCGACUAUGACGAUACCUUGGCCUUGGACGAAGACUCGCCCGACGACCACUUCAGCCUACCCCUGCUCUCCCAGGACAAGUUUUACCUGCAUCCAGAAAUCCAACACGACGACAACCUAGAACCCCCGCCGAGCCCCAAAACGGGGGAUUCCUUCAACGUAUCUCCUGCCGACGCUGACACCUCGGCGCUCCUUUCCGGAUCUGAAACGCCGGACCGUGUCGAGCACGCCGAGGAUGACAGUGCCAUCGCGACCAAGCCUUCACGCCAAGUCGACUACCUGUCACACGACUGGAAAGAGGAAGACAUUUGGUCGUCGUGGAGAUAUAUUGUCGCCAAGAGAGGCGAAUUCCCCAAUAGCAAGAGACUGGAGAAUGCGUCGUGGAGGACAUGGAUGAAGGCCAAGAAUAACCUAAAAACCAUUUCCGCCGAGGAGCUGAACUGGCUCAAAGACUGCGACGUCACCUGGCUUUAUGGGCCACUGCAGUCCGGCUCGAGUCGUCUCCACCCCACGCAAACGGAGCCUUCCAGCGAGUCUCUAUCCAAGUCAGAGUCCUUGGUCAACCUCGACAAGAAGCCCAUCCUCAAGAAGCGGAGCAUGUCGGAAGUCAUGCUGCAGAGGUCGUUGACGUCGUCUUCGCUGCUCAAGCAGGCCACGGCUGCCGUCCAGGCACAGGAGACGAGAGCCGUUCUCCGACCGACCAUGGCGCGAGCAAGCACUGACUGCUAUCUCACCUUCCCGCUCUCUGCUAGGAGGUCAAGCGCCGACAACAAUAGCUCCGUGACCCAGUCGACAGACUCAUCGGGCUUCUCUUCUCCCUUUCCCGAACGGAAGCACAUUCACUUCAACGAGCAGGUUGAGCAGUGCAUUGCCGUCGAUGUCAAGGGCGACGAUGAAGACGACGAGGCCGACGUCGACCGUUACGGUGAAGACAGCGACUCUGACGACGGCGUCGUGAUGAAGCGGGUUAGGUCAAAGAAGCGCGCCCCCUUGACGAGAAAACGGACCAAGAAGGCGGCGCCCGCCGAGGGCAAGACGAUUGCCAUGCUCCCUUCGACAACGCUCAAGUAUCGCGAGGACACGCCUGAGCCCUACGAGUCGGCUAUGAAACACGGCAUGGGCGUCUAUAGCAGCCCCAUGAUCUCGCCGUCGUCUUCCCAGGAGACACUACGACCUACCAAGCAAGCUUCGGCCUUUUACUUCGGCGAGGAGGAAGACUACGAAAUCAAGGAUGGGCCGCAGAGUCCACCCUCUGGCUGGCGCUCCCCCCCCUUUGACCGGGCUGGAGGGGGACUGCAACGGUCAACCUCCACGGGGAGCCUCUCGGAUCAACCUGUCGGUAUGCGUCGCACCUCUUCCGGCAUGUUCAUGCCCUUUGAGGGGGACGAAUCCUCGACCGGCGAUGGCAUUCUUGGGCGAGUCAUUGACACCGUCAACACAGCGCGCGACAUAGCUCACGUCAUCUGGAACGUUGGCUGGAGGAAGUGA